GACAGUGGGCGAGGCUACUGUCAGUGACUAAUCAGUCUGCGACUGCAAUUUGCUUCCCUUUCAAGUGUCGGCUGGUUAUGUAUCAGUAAAGAGGCCUUUGUUUCCAGGACCAUGUCAGGGAGCUUUUAUUUCGUUAUAGUGGGUCAUCAUGAUAAUCCAGUGUUUGAGAUGGAAUUCUUGCCACCUGGAAGAACAGAAUCCAAGGAUGACCAUCGUCAUUUGAAUCAAUUCAUUGCUCAUGCUGCCCUUGAUCUUGUGGAUGAAAACAUGUGGCAGUCAAAUAACAUGUAUCUCAAAACUGUGGACAAAUUCAAUGAAUGGUUUGUGUCUGCAUUCGUCACAGCAGGUCACAUGAGAUUCAUCAUGCUUCAUGAUGUAAGACAAGAAGAUGGUAUCAAAAAUUUCUUUAAUGAUGUGUAUGAUUUAUACAUAAAGUUUGCAAUGAAUCCAUUUUAUGAGACCAAUACUCCCAUACGAUCGACUGCCUUUGACCGAAAGGUUCAAUUCUUAGGAAAGAAGCAUCUCCUGAGUUAGAAGAGAAAAAAUGGCAGCAACUUGUAUAUGAGAAUUAUUUAUGUAAUUGACAAAAACUGUAUAUAAAAAAAUCUUUAAGCAUAUAGUUAACAUUUGUUAAUGCAUUGUGUUGAUGUAAUAGAAAAAAAAAAAUUUUGUUAAUACAUUCCAUUGAUUUGAUAUACAAAAGUGAUUUGCUAAAAUACUUGUUAAUAAUGUAAAGAAAACAGGCUACAAAAACAACUAUACCUUGGAUCUGCUUUGAGUAUUGAAAGGGCUAGAUUAAUGGAGGAGAAGAAUCAAGUGAGUGAACAUUGAUAUAUUGGUCCUUGUUUGUUUUUGGAAGUUGAUAGCUUGACUGGGGAGCAGAGUAUGAAUCCGGAAUGAGGGGGUUUUGCCAUUCAUGGACUGAAUUUGGGCACAAAUUAGAGGUGCAUUUGAGAGCUACAGUUCUAGGUAGCCAAAUUAGAUAGAGGAUGUGGCACAAUAGCAUGUUACUUGUUUCCUUCUGUCAUGAGGGGAAAAUGAUAUCCUGUUUUUUUUUGCAUCCCUAUUUUUGUUGUCCUUUCUAGUGUUAACUCAACCUUGUAUCUCCUGUUUACCAGUCUAAAAGAGAAAUUCAGGAUGGUAGUCCAAGACUAGAAUCAUGUUGGAUAGUGGUACAGCAGUGCUGUGAUCCCACUGUUUUCAGUGUAUGUUUGAUCACAGUAGAGUGAGUAUUGCCCCCUAUAAAUAGCUAGUUUUCACCUUUGGUUGUGUGUAGUUGUGCAUAUAACUGAAAGUGCUGUUUAUUUAAGCCAUAUAGUCAAACACGCCUUUCAGGCAUGAAUGGUUGUAUUUGCAGCAUGAGCAGUACAGUGAUAAAUGUGGUGCAUGUAAUAUUUGCAGAUCUAGAAAUCAUUACAUAUCUUUAGUACAUGUGUACAGGCAAUUUUCUAUGAGCAAAGGAGAAGGUUUAUUAUCAAGUUUGGGGUAACUCUAUCUUUAAAUUUACAAGGGACAAGAAAUGUUCUUAAGAGUAAAGGAGAAGAUUUAUUUUUUAACUUUAAGUAAUUUUAAACCUACAAAAAAUAUGCAGCUGUAUGACUUUUGUUUGUAAUGUGGUAUUUUUUUUUCUGAUUAUAUGUUGUCGCUUUAA